AUGACCAGCACCGCCAGAAGCCAUCACGGCGGUGUUAACAGCCACAAUGGCGAUCUACCGUCACCGGAGAGAUUAAACGGGCUGGAUACACGCAAACCCUUGACCCUUCCACACGACCGCAACGACGACAACGACAUCUUCAACGCCAGCUCCGUAGCAGAUAUCAAGGCCACCCUCUCCCAGCUACAAGACAAAGAGGCACUGGUGACCGCCCGCCUCGAUGCACUCGUGGCAUCCCAGAAAGACCUCUCGCGAGAACUGGGCCGUCUCGACCUGCUACGAGCUCAUCUGGGGACGCAGGCCAGCACCACCCGCUCAAUUAGCCAUGACAUGCUGUCCGGCGCUGCGUUGUCCGCCCACAGCCUCUCCAGCGCCGUGAAGAAACUAGACCUCGAACAGUCCCGCGUGAAGUCGAUACUGGAUAUGGUGGGACAGGUUGCGGAGCUGAAGGCGUGUGUCCUUGGGGUUGCAGGGUCGAUGGGAGCACCGCAGAACUGGGAAAUGGCUGCGUCGUAUAUGCAUCGGGCGUCAAAGAUACCCAAGGACGUUAUAAACGGCUCGUUCGCUGCAGAGAUUGUACCGACUACUGAGGUGCCGGACACGCCUAAUGUGACUCUCUCCAAUGCUGCCGAGUCCCUGUGCGCUCUCUUUCUUCGUGAAUUUGAAUCUGCAGUCAAGGAAAACGACGGGGCAAAGAUCACUCGGUUUUUCAAACUGUUUCCAUUAAUUGGCAAGUCUGACGUCGGGCUGGAUGUUUAUGGCCGAUACGUAUGCCAGGGGGUAGCCACAAGAGCCCGGUCAAACCUCAAUGCGGGAACAGGAGGAGCACAGGCAAAGGAUGACUUCUUCUACGCAAAUGCGUUGUCGAGGCUAUUUGAACAUAUUGCCCAGAUCGUGGAAGCCCACGGAGCCCUGGUCGAGAGACACUAUGGGCCCGGCAAAAUGAGCCGCGUUGUUGAGAGGCUACAGGUCGAAGCAGAUGUUCAAGGAGGGAUCGUUUUGGAGUCGUGGGCUGAAGAACGACAUGUAGAUCGCAAGCUGACAGAUAUCAAGUCCUACGCGUUUACAUUUUUGGUGCAAAGCUUUCUACCCGCUGCCAGAGGACCUGGCACCCCGCGCGCCAAUUCCCCGGCCAGUUGGGAUGCAGCACCGCAGCGCAACAGUGAAGAUGAAGGUGUCGAUAUGAAGGAGAUUGAUGCUAUUCUGAAUGAGAUAUCAGUUAUGUUGGGUAGAUGGUCUCUUUACGGGAGGUUCCUGGCGAGUAAAUGCAAAGAAGUAGAUGCAAGUGAUGACGAUGAUCUCGAGCUACCGCCAUUCCUAACAGAAUCUCCGCUAGCCCAAAAGGUUACCGCGAAGCUGCUCUCGCCGUAUAAUGCGAUGACGACCUUCUUCCUCCGUCGUUCUGUGGAAAAGGCCUUCCAGCUUGACGAAGCUCCCUCUGAUCUAUCAUUGGACCUUCGGAGGCCGCUGGUCUCCAACCCACCGCACAUCACAUCCGUCGUUGACGAUAUUAUGUAUAUCGUUAACAAAGUCAUACAACAAACACUAGCCACAUCUCAACGGCCAGCAGUAACUAACGUAGUGCCUACCAUUGCUCGCGUGCUUGGUGGAGAUUUCAUUGGUAUGGUCCACCGCAAGAUGCGUGAUGAGACGCAUCCAAGGCCCGUCGUGCCGGGAGGUUCGCCUCCUGCUGCAACGGUCGUCUCGUUCCUCGUCCUCGUUAACAAUCUCGACGUCGCCGUCGGCUACCUGGAGCGUAUCGUGAAACGGCACAUGGAAUCGACAGAUACUGGAGGCGACAUUGCCAACGAUGCUAACGCCCAAUCACGGAUAGCUACUCUUUUCCCCCUUGCGGAUGACGCGCAGGUAGUGCUGAGCACAUUGAGAUCGCUCUCCGCAACGUUCACAUCCAAAGCACAGGAUCUUAUCGGUGAUGGGAUACAGGUCAUUUUUAAUAACGUGCUGAAGUCACGACUCCGCCCUAUCCUCGCUGACGCCUUCCGGGACAUUGAGUAUCAGCCACAAGAUGGUGAGGGGGAUGACGGAGGAUAUGGAGCAGCCGGAGGUGGAGAGGAUGACGGACUGAUGCCCCACGAAGCUGGACUUCCUGGCCUCGUCCGCCAGCGAUUCGCGAGUGGGUGGCGCGACCUCAUGCUUCCGAUAGCACGUAUACUGACGGAAAAUACAUUCGACCGUCUGCUUGGCGUGACGCUCACGUCGCUGGCCAGGCUGCUGGAGAAACGCCUGUGGUCUUACCACGGCCGCGUUAAUGCAUUGGGCACUACCAGGCUAGAGAGAGACGUCACAGGCAUAAUAACAGCUGCCGUAGACGUGGCUGAAGGUCACCACCAUCACCACACUGCGUCCGGAGACAGAGGCGGCGGCAGCGGUGUCGGCGGCAGGGCGGGUCGCUACCGUCACCGCGAGACGUUUGCCCGCUGUGCCCAGAUGGUGAUGAUCAUGGGCAUGGAGGAGGAGGAGUGGGAGGAGAUCUCGCAGUCUGACGGGGACGUGGUGGACCGACUAUCGGCGGAGGAGCGCUCCCGGGCCAGGGCCAUGGUCGUGUAG